GGCUUCCCAAAACCCGGUGGUCUUCUCGAGGACGGAACGGCUUCCCUGCGAACACCACAGCCGCAACCGCGCCGCGCGUGCUUGCUUAUCAUGGCUUCCGGCGAGGGGGAGGGGUGGGAGGCAGCGGUGCGUGCGGAGGUGGGCACCGGCUGGUGGGACGACCCCGACGGCGUCGACCUCCGCGCCAAGUUCAAGGCCUUCACGGGGCAGCGCCGCGACUGGACCCAGCCCACCCUCCUCUUCUGGAAGGACCUCAUCCUCCGCGUCGCCCGCCGCCUCCGCCUCUGCUCCGCGUCCGCGCACCUCGUGACAAGUGUUUGGUUCGCCCGACCCGGAGGACUCACGCCGCUCUGCUUGCCGCAAGUUCUGGAAGAGAUGCGCGCCGAUGGGGACAUACUGCUGCAGUCCGAGCUGAUUGAUCCAACCUCAGGGAGUCUGUGUCAGCUGGUCAGGAGGAUGAGCCAGCUGGCUGUUUCAAGGCGGCCCAUUGCGCAGGAGGACAUCCUCGUGUUCAAAUCGAUGGUUGAGGAACGGGUUGUGGAUAUUGUUAGGGAAUUGAGUGAUUCUCAUUGGACAUCAACCUGCAUCGUAACAAUUAGCAAAUUCAAUAGCUUCUUCAGUGAUCGGGAGGAUGCUCAUGCCGCAUUGUGUUACUUGACACAAUGUGGGAAAGCGCGGUAUCUUGUGACAAGGAAGCAAGACCCUAUUGAGGGUAUCAAGUUUACACUUGCUGCCACUCAAGUUCCUGCUGUAUCUAAGCUUGAUCGUGACAUCUUGCACUUAGUUUGGACAGAAGAGAGGCUGCAGGAGCAGCUUGAUGUGCUUGAUCGUCGAUGGGAGAUUUCAAGAAGAAGGGCAUUGGCAUCCUUCAAGUCUGGGGACAAACAAGCUGCCUAUCGUUAUGUGAGGCAGUCUAAACUGUUCUCACAAAGCCAGAACAGAUGCACAACAUUGUUAGAACGUGUUGAAGAAGUUAUCAGCCUAAUUGCAAGUGCUGAAUCGACUAAGAAGGUCUAUGAGGCAAUCCAAAUCGGUAUCCAGGCAAUGAAUAAGCACAAUGUCAACAUAGAGGAGGUUAACAUCCACCUGAAGGAGGUUAAUGAGCUUGUUGCGGCACAAAGAGAAGUUGAUGCUGCCAUUGAAUCAGUACCACUCCAGUCGUUAGAUGGUGAAGGUGAUAUAGAGGAAGAAUUCAGGAAGCUGGAAGUGGAAUUGCAGGAUGAGAUUCCGCAUAUGCAAGUUCAGGAACCAAUGUUACAUGUCAAUGAUGCAGAAUCACCUGAAGAAGUUAAAUCAUUGAGCAGUAACCUGUCAAAUAUUAAACUUGAGGCAAUAUAGAUGCUCCAUUUUCACUUAUUCAAUUUGACUUGUACAUAGUGUAAUCUAGUCAUAUCUUCAGACCCUUCAGUAUGCGUUGUUUCUUCUGAAAAACUUAUAAAAAAAAGGGCAGUUCCGUGGCAGAUGUUUGAUUAU